AUGAAAAAUUCAAGUUAUAAUAAAAAUACAAAAACUAAUGAAAGACAAAAAGCUUUAGAUUUUCCAAAUGAUCUAAAUGAACUUGAGAAAAGUAGUGAUUCAGAUAAAGAUAUAUUGGUUGUUAAUAGAACGAUAAAAUCUAAAAUAUUUUUAUCACUAGAUAAAGAUAUUAAAAAUAAUAGCAAAAAUAACACAAGUAAAAAUAAAUAUAGAAAUAAUUUCCCCAAAUUAAUACAAGGAAGUACACAAAAGGCAAAGAAAAUUGAUGUAGCAGAAUUCACAAAAAAUAAUAAGGCAUUGCCAUCAUCAAAUGAGUUAACAUCUUCUCUUGAUUUGACAAAAAAAAAUGAAAAGUCUUUUAUAUCUAAAAAUAAUACUAUUAUUAACGAAUCUGAAAUAUUGGAUACUAUAAAAAAAGAGGAUGGUAAUUGCUUAAAAGAAAAAUGCAGUCUUUAUGAGACAAAGUCUAUUGGGAUAAAAAACAAAAUGUAUAGACAUAAAAAUAGUGUAGAGUUAAAUCAUAGUGAAAAUAAUACCCACCACAAACUUGAUAACUCAAUAAGUCAACCUAAAAUAAAUGAAUACAACAAUGGAUUUGAUGAAAAAUUUACAGAAAAUUAUUCUUACAUUAAUUUAACACAAAAUAAUAGCAAUUGCUAUUAUUCUCUAAAAAAUUAUAGCACCCUUCAUCAAACAAAUGAUAAUACUAAUAGUGAAACCAUAAAAUAUGGGGCAUUUGAACUCGAUGAAAUAAAUAAAGAAUUAGAAAAAAUUAUUGAAGAAGAAAAUGAUAUACAUGAAAAAUUAAUAUAUCUCACUAAUAAAGAACUUGAUAUCACUUUAAAAGCUAAACAAAAAAAUAAUGAGAAAAACACGUAG